GGCCCGCCGGCAGCCGCCACUCAAUAUUAUAAACAAAUCGCACCGCCUGCUUUGGUGCCGUGUUAUUUGUGGACGUGUGGUGGGUAGACCAUUUCUGCAAACACUCUUUGGACAGUCCCACCACCAGUUUAUCAAGUUUGGCGGCUCUGAAAGACUGAAACCACUUAACAUCAUUUCAGUCCCGAUAACUAAACCAUCUGCUUAUCUGUGACCGAUUAUUGCCGUAAUCCCAAACCCCUUCUUCUUAUUAAAGUUUUGAUCUUUGUUUUACAAUCUCAUCAUUUCUUUGUGAGACCAUGAAUUUCUUUAGCUGGGUUUUUUUGGUGGUCUUUUUUCAUUUAUUGAGUCAAACUUUUAGCUUAAAUGGGAUGCCAUUGGAUAUCUCAACAAAGUUUCUCAAUUAUGCCAAGAAAGAGGAGCUUUUCAAUUGGAUGGUGGGUGUGAGGAGAAAGAUACAUGAGAACCCAGAACUGGGUUAUGAGGAAUUUGAAACUAGUAAGCUUAUUCGAGAAGAAUUGAAUAAAAUAGGUAUUAAAUAUAAAUACCCAUUUUCAGUUACUGGCGUUGUUGGCUUCAUUGGGACUGGCAAACCUCCUUUUGUUGCAAUAAGGGCGGACAUGGAUGCUCUUGCUAUGCAGGAAAUGGUAGAGUGGGAACACAAGAGUAGAGUUCCUGGGAAGAUGCAUGCUUGUGGACAUGAUGCUCAUGUCACUAUGCUUCUUGGUGCAGCAAAGAUCCUUCAAGCCCAUCGGGAAGAGAUAAAGGGUACAGUGGUUCUUGUUUUCCAACCAGCUGAGGAAGGAGGUGGUGGGGCAAAGAAAAUGAUAGAUGCAGGAGCAUUAGAGAAUGUCAAUGCAAUCUUUGGGCUGCAUGUUGAUCCCAGGUUGCCAAUAGGUCAUGUGGCUUCCAGACCUGGUCCUUUACUGGCUGGGAGUGGCUUCUUUGAAGCAGUAAUAAGUGGAAAAGGAGGUCAUGCUGCCAUUCCUCAGCACUCAAUAGAUCCAAUAUUGGCAGCUUCUAAUGUGAUUGUGAGCUUACAGCAUCUGGUUUCAAGGGAAGCUGAUCCACUGGACUCACAGGUGGUGACCGUUGCAAAAUUCCAAGGGGGUGGUGCGUUCAAUGUUAUUCCAGAUUCUGUUACAAUUGGUGGCACCUUCCGAUCCUUUUCAAAACAAAGCUUUAUGCAACUUAGGCAACGUAUUGAGGAGGUCAUCACAGGGCAAGCUUCUGUACAGAGGUGUAAAGCAUCCAUUGAUUUCCUAGAGAAUGAGAAACCCUUUUUCCCUCCUACCAUAAACAAUAAACAGUUGCAUGAGUACUUCAAAAAUGUAGCAGGAGCUAUGCUUGGCAUUGAUAAAGUUGAAGAUAUGACACCGUUAAUGGGAUCUGAGGAUUUUGCCUUUUACCAAGAGGUGAUUCCUGGAUACUUCUUCUUUAUUGGAAUGAAGAAUGAGACGAGCAAACAGCUUCAAUCCCCACACUCACCUUUGUUUGAAAUCAAUGAAGACGUCCUUCCUUAUGGUGCUGCACUUCAUGCAUCAUUGGCUGUUAAUUAUCUUCUUGAAUUCCAACCUGAAGUUCCUUUGCCAGAGGAAAAACAUCAUGACGAACUCUGAGGUGUUUCUUGACUGACAUCACAGUUGGUAUAAACAUAUUGUUGACUUGAAAGAUUUAAAAUUUUUCAGGUUCACAUUCUGGUUCUUGCUUCUAUGUAUUUAUGACCUCUUCUCGCAACUGGUCAUUCAAUUUCAGAAUAUUAAGUUCUUUCCUUUCAAGUA